AUGCCCAUCGUGCAGUCCUCUUUGGUAGCGCUGUCUCUGCCGCGUCGAAAGGUCCUGCUCCCACCAGCUCUGUGUCGGUUUUGCCAUGCGUCUUCUCCAUUCCUGAAAGAUGGACGCGAUAUCUAUCCAGAUAACCUCGCCGAGACCCUCCAGGCACACAGGAAUACGAAUAGAGCCCGGCUUAUCCGCAAAGUGUAUACGCUGAAACCUCCUAAGGGUAUUCGUCGUCCAGUCCUGCUUCCCCCAAUUGUCACCAACCCUGAGAACACCCCGACGACUCCGGCGGCAGUCCAGCCUGGGACUGCGUCGAAACCAGCGAAGAAGGCGACCGCCCCCGGGCGAAAGGCGUUACGCAACCGGGGGCAUUCCAAAACCGCUGCUGAACUCGCUUCAAGAUCCGAUAACUCACGGAAGAAGGAGGGUACAGAACUUCAAUGGGCUGUGGAAGAGCCGUACCGGCCUGGGCAAUAUCCAUGGCUCCUGUCUAUGCGCUCCAGAACCGAACAAAGGGAGGCAAGCGAGUGGCUUGAUGCGGAGAUCAGAGCCCUGGAAACAUAUAUAUCCCCCACACACCAGGAGCAGACUGCUGUCGACCACAUCGUGUCAGACCUUGCCGAAACCCUUGAUCACGACGUGCCGUAUCCUCUACAACUCGUUGGCUCUCGGCAAACAGGGCUGUCACCAAGCCAUGCGGACCUGAGCUUUGUUCUGGUGGUCGAAGACAACGAAGGGGCAGGGGGUGGAUUCCGGAAACCAAGUGCUACCCGUCCAAAAGUCAUGGCUAGAUACUUGAACCUGUUGCGUAAAGCGCAGCACGUGCUGGUUGGAAAGGCAGCGUUUCGUGACAUCCGUCUGGUGGGCAAACGUAUGCCUGUGCUGACAUCAGUUCACGUACCGAGUGGGCUUUCAGUGCGCUUUUCCUGCAAAGAAGGGCUGCCUGCGUUUCCUGAACACGUCCGAGACUACCAGGCUGAAUAUCCUACGAUCCGACCUCUCUACCUGGCUGUACGCUUGAUUUUAGAAGCCCGGGGCAUAUUUGGAGCCCACAAGGCAUCGAUCGAUUCCGAUGCAUUGAUCCUACUGCUUGCUGCGUUCCUUAAAAUCAACCAUGGUCGUUUCUCGCACCCCGCCGGCCUCAGCAACCAACUCCUCUCCUUCCUCCACACAUACGGAUCAGACAUCGAUUUCAGGUCAACGGGCAUCUCGGCGGAGCCGCCGAGAUAUUUCACCGCCGAGACGGUCAAAAAAGACGCCAAGAUCGUUGGUCGUCUGGAGGAGUUAUCGGCUGCGCUCCGCGGCCAGCGCUCGCUGAUCAAUCAGAAACGAACCGCCGCGGCAAAGCGAAACUCCAACGUCGCAGACCGACUAUGCAUCCAAGACCCCACAAACUACAUGACCGACCUCGGACGCCCCUGCACCCGGACCGCGGAGCUGCAGACUGUCUUCCUCGACACGCACGACAAGCUCCGCUCCUCCCUCCAUGCAUGGGACCAGAGCAGAGACCGUACCCAGAGUAUCCUCGGACGUGCCCUGCAUGCGAAUUUUGAUGCCUUCGAGCACGUCCGCAACCGGAUCGUCGCCUGUGCAGGGCCUUCCUCAUCUUGA